AUGAUCCUGCUUGACAAUCGCAUGCGCGAGGCCCCUUCCGAGAUUCAGGUGGGAGAGCCGUUCCCCAUUAGCUUUCAGUCGCAUGAGUCCAGCGAGUCCGCGCUUCUUUCCACGGAGCUGCAGCUAAAGGCUCUCGUAGACGACGGGAGUUGUGAGAACCUGGACGUAGAACCCAAGGAUAGUGACCACCUCAUAAAGAGCGCCGUGAACACGACUCUCAGCUCUAAGGCACACGCCAGCACACAAUCGGUGGCAUUGUUUGCCUCACCUCGCAAACCGGCAGAGCAGACCUCCGCCACUUGCACCUCAGAGAGUCAGAUCGACUCUAUCCAGAACGACACAUUGGCUGUUGGUAAGCACGUUGCAGUCGGGCAAGCUCACUCUAGUGCUAGUUUCACGUCCAAUACGACAGACCGUGGAAAAGCGAACAAUCCGACGCAAUCCAUAGUUAACACGCUUCUAAAUUCUCCUGUGUCCGGGAUCUUCGAACACAGUGAUCACAGUGACCUGAGCGUCCAUAGUACCAAGAGUAGCAAGAGCUGUAACAGUACGCUCCACCAAAGCGUAGUGCAUCCAAAGAGCUUCGUCAAAAGCUCCCUAUCAGAUCAGAAGUCCCAUCUGGGACAAAAGGAUUAUGCGAGCACCCAAUCACUUACAUCCAGUUGCGAGAGUGCCCUCAGAAACACUCACUCACUGCCACACAUAUCUCCACUGUGCUCUUCGUUGAGGUCCGUCAUACUCAGCGCUAAUCCCAUUGAUGUGGCCGAAACCUCUCCGGAAAGCCAAUCGGUGAGCCUUUGCGCAGAUGGUAUAUCCCUUCUGUCCGCACGCCGUGGAAGGGCUAUCAGCCAAAUAACCCGCCGGGAGCUGCAGACCAUUGGGGUGAACUCGGCCGUAGACGAUAGUACCACGUCUCUGCACGAAAGGCCGGGAUACUGUCCGGUUUGCAAGCUUUUACGUGUUCCUUCGGACUUGCGCCUCACGCAGCGCGCUAUGGCCUUGUGCCCCUCUUCCUCUCAGGCUGAAGAGCUUAUCCAUUACUGUGUGUGUGCCCAAGCAAGCGCCUUUCCAGAUGCAGGAGAGUUCACCCAUUCUUAUUCAGAGCCUGCAUGUACUAACUACAGUAACCACUCUAUUGACAAGCUCAUUCUUUCGUGCUACAUACAGAAGGACAACUGCGAUGCUAAUAGCCACGCCCCGUCCCCUCUUCCUCGCGCUGCUCGUAGUGGGGCAUCCUUUGGCCCGGGACCCUUGGUUUCUCAGGAGGAUGUUGGCAAGAACAAUGACAGAACGGUGUCUGCCAACGAUUGUGAGUGUUUACCGAGUCAAUUUGUCCUGUCGCACGUAUCUGUAUCGCACCCUUCCUCAACAGUGGGCCCCUGGAUGUUACCCUUCAGCAAAACAAGGUCGCUUGUGCUCACUUACACCGAGAGGCUAAUAGUUUCUGCGAUCUCGUACCUGUCACUUCGCUCCGGAAUAUAUACCUCAAUGCAGGUUCCAAGCGAGGCAGCGGCAUCCUGCUUCACGAAAUAUGAGCAAACGCCAACUGUAAUCGGAUGUAAGACGAACCAGGUACUUUUGUCUAAAGUAGAUACGGUCUGCGAGCCUGGUAAAAAGCACUGUUUAGAAGCUGGGAGUGAGGUAAGAGAGAUUGGCGACGACUCUACUAACUCAGUCGGGAGCUCCGGGGCGGAAAGGGUGCGGUUAGCCUGCAGGCACCGAAGGAGGUCUGCCGGUAACACAGGAAAUUUCAAGGCAGUGGGCUGGGCAGACGAUCUGGGUGGAACGGAGGGGCGCACACAAAAGCCCCGCUAUAGCACUUUAUCUCAUUCAAAGUCCGGGAUGCUCACACGAUUGCCAUAUGCAGAGCUCCAAAGACUUGGAUACGUAACUCCACUACCGAAGCAACGAAGGACGCCGGUAAAGUGGAAAAAGCCUAGUAAGGUUUUCUUACUUUCUAAGGAAAUAUCCACCUGCUCGUCUAGAGAGCCGUGCAUAUCUGUGUGCUCUCUGGCCUUCACGGCGCAUGGCGUAUUCAACUGUCUGCUGCUUCUGGACAUAGGGCUCAUUGACUUUUUUCAUACAGCACGCAUGUUUCGGUGGAUUGGCGUUGUAAUUACAAUCGUUCUAGCAGGAGUUUUAGCAUCUAUAUUGAAGGAGCUCAACACAUACCUAGUCUUUGAAGACAAGAGUCCGGGAUACGUCUGUGUUCCAUAUACACGGAUAUACGUCUCCCCGCGCCAGAUCGUGGCUGUCUGUCUGCGCUUCCUCCUGCCGACAGUUUGCUUUAUGGCAACAGGAGUGGGGCUAAGCCUGUACCCACAGUCACGUCUUCUGAUGCUUCUGUUGGCUCUACUCGAGUGUAUGUUCGUCGCAAAAAUAAGCAAAUUCUCAAUUCGGAACAUUUCGUAG